AUGCAUUCAUGUAUAUUGUUUCGGGAUGCCCAGAGGUCCGCGUCUGAUGAAGACGCAAAGCUUCAGGGCCAGAGACCUCAGAGAGUGACAGACAGCAGGUUUCAACAGAUGGAAAGCAACUCUCCACAAUUUGCCUUCCAGGACAGUAACCUGUCUCCUGCUCUGUCAUUGCUGCCAUUGGACUCUGGAAUGGAUCUCAACACAGACUAUUCUUUGUUUCAGCAAAGUGACAUGAACUUUGCUCCUUUAAGGGCUUAUCCAGACAUGUCAGUGGCUUCUGAGAAGUUUCAAACCCCACCUCAUGAGUGCACCUCUCAGACAGUGGAUCAGGCCUCUUUAAGCCAGCAUCCUUUAGCUCCAGAGAUGACGGUUCUUUCUGAAGAAGCAGGAAGUAGCUAUGGUUCCCUUUCUCAGCACAGUUUAUCUCCAGAGGGUGUCAAAACAAAGGAGGAAAGUGUGCAUUUAGCUCCUAUUACAGAGGAAGAAAAAGAGAUCGCCUCCAAAGUUAUUUUCAGCGGCAAUUUGGAAAGAACAGAAGACACUUAUUUCCUGAACAAGGAUGUCCCAGCUCAACAGCUCAUGAAGAUCCUUCAGAAAGAUGUUGGUGUGCCCAGCAGCAGUAGUAGCACUCAUUCGUCUUCGAAAAAAUCUGAAACAAAAGAGUUUAAAAGUGUAGAAAAACCUGAUCCAAACCUUAUUCGAGAAGGUCCUCCAGGUGAAGCCUCUGUUUCCCAUCAACAAUCACAAACAAGGAGAGAUUUAUAUAUAAAUGAGUCAAAAACACACGUAUCUGAUGUUUUUAAUAUAUCUAUCGGGCCUCGUUGCACUAAACCAGACAACAGCAGUGAAGCUUUACGGCAAGAGUUGUUGGACAUUCAGAGGCGAAACAGUCGAGAAAAUAAUCAAGAACAAAACAAGACCAAAGCACGAAAAGAAUAUGCUACACCUUUUCCAUCUAGGAUCCCCAGGCUUAAGGAUUUAGCCAGUGAAAAUGUCAGCAGUGUUUUAUCCACUGGACCAUUCUCUACAGGAAAUCCACAAAGACUCAGAGAACUCAAAGAACAUGAUUUAUGGUCUUCAGGAAAUCAAACUAGCAUUGAUGGUUCCUAUCUCGGCUUCCUUCCACAGUCUCAGUCCACUCCUGGUGUUUUUAAAGCUCCUCCCAAAUCUAGUGUCAAGCUUAAAUUUCAACAGCUUUCUGACAUCGAAUCCAACAAGGAAAGCUCUAUUCAAAACAGCGCAGACACAUCACCCCCUUUAGCAUCUGCUGCUAACGUUGAAUCAAAAAGCCAAUGCGAAGAGGAACCAACUUGUGAAAAAGUUCAGUCAUUACCCAGUCUUAACUACAUGCAGAAAGUGGAUGCUUGGAGGGCUAAUCAAAGCUCGGGUAAGACAUCUUUGUUUGAUUCCCUGGCGCUACAAGGGUUUACUGGCAUCUCUCCAAAAAAGAAAGCUUAUGAUGCAGUUUCAGACAGUUUGAACCGCAUCCUCAGUCAGCAAGUUAUUAAAAUGACUCAAAAUGUUGCACAAAAUGCCUCUGCAGAUGUUUCUGCUACUUCUUCUCCCAGAAGAGAGGAAGCAGUGGGCAGCGCUCCCAGUGAUAACAUUGUAGCCACACAAUCAGCUUCUCCAUUCAACAGGUCCCAGUCUCAUUCAUCGCUCAGUACAGUUGUAAUGUCAGUUAAAAAGGAGCAAGCCACAGAAGCACGCAUAGAGAAAAAUGAGACAGAGGAAGUGGAACCUCAUCAUCAACAAACUAAUGAAGGAGAAUUGUCACCUCUUGUUGUUAGUCUGAGUCAGUUUAGUGAUGUGACACUCUCAAAUUCUCAGGAUAGUUCAAAUUCAGGUCAGAAAGUCACCACUUCUAUCGGGACUUCCUCUGUCAGCCUAGAAGUGGAUAACUAUGAUCCUUAUUGGACGGCAAAAUUAUCCACACCACCCCCACAGCACAAGCCUCGGGAGUUAAAUAUUGAAGAAAGAAUCCCGUUGUAUCUUCAAAAUCUGGGAAUCAGUCAGUCUCCCUCCACCAUCCUGACACCAUUUGCCCCGAGGGGACCAAUCAGAGAGCCAGAGUUUUCUCCCACGGAGCUUGGUACAAUUAAAGGAUCUACUCCAACUAAAAGCAUCCAGCAUUCUGAAGGUGGCACUCCUCACAAAGCAGAGUUCUCCAGGUCCAGUCUCCAGUCAAUGGACUCCAGUGUGUCUGUGCCGCUGAGCACAGAUCUGAUUGGACAGGAUCGUUUUAGACCCGCCUCCUCUUCCUCCUCUGAAGCAUCUGCACCAGUUCAAAUUGACCCUAAAAUUCUCUCCUAUCCUAAUGAAGACCUCUCCAGCCAACAGCAGAGAGACGGCAUUCAAAAUCCAGUCUGUUUGGGACCAUCUUUAGAUCAGGAGGCUGACCAAAACGUACAUCAACAGGGUUCAAGCACAGAGCAAAAUGCAGAGAUCUCUUUUGUUAGCUCCGGUGCUUUGUCAGAUAUACACAAGCUACUCAGUCAAGCCGAAGAUAUUGUGUCACCCAGGUUAUCAUCUGCGUCUGAUACAUUUUUCUCACAAAGAAAAGAGGUUUCAGUUGCUCCUGCUUUCACCGCCGAAGACUCCAAAUCUCAAAGCUCCCAUCUCUGGACCAGGUCUUCCUCGGAUUCAGUUUUGACAGCAAGAGAAAGGCUCACAGCUGAAAACAAUCAACCCACGAAGCAAAGUGGUGUUAUGAGCCGAAGUGCAGGUCUGUCUUUGGUCCUGAACAAGUCCGUCCAGAGAUCAGAGCCCGAGGGGUGCAGCGCAGGACCCCCUGAUGGUGUCCCGCUACAGCCCCAAGUGCAGCCGCCUAACCCCACCACUGCCAUGGUAACAAGUGGACCAGAGGAGAGUAAGGAGACGUCACAGGAAAGAUCACAGUUCUGCACAGAGCAUUACUUCCUCCCCUGUCCCAGUGGAGUCAGUGAGCGACAGGAGCAGCGGCAGGAGCAGCAGCAGGAGCAGCGGCAGGAGCAGCGGCAGGAGCAGCGGCAGGAGCAAGCGGCAGGCAGGAGCAGCGGCAGGAGCAGCGGCAGGAGCAGUGAGAGCUCCUUGGCAAUUCGAGUGGCAAAGUUACUGCAAACUGAGUCUCCAGCUACAAUGGUGUCCAGUACCACCAGUGUGGACCAGGAGGAGUGCCGAGCCAGAGAGUGGAUCAAGCAAAUGAUUUCAGGUCAAAAGUGUGAACCUCUGGAGUUGGACCAAGAAGACCGAAGAAGAAUUGAAGAAAUCAAGAGGGAACUGUUACUGAAAAACCCUAAACUGGGCUACGCCAGCACAGACACAGAGAGUAGUGCAGCAUCUAGCUUCAGACACCCACGAGGACCAGCUCCACUUUAUCAUAUAGACCGUCACAAAUCCAAAAUCCUGGAAACACAACCUGACCAGUCCAAGAGUCUUAGUCCAACUGUCCCAGAGCUUACCACCCCACGAAGAGAAGACAUCAUUGAGACCAAAGUUAGAGAAAUUGCUGCAAGAGAAGGUGUAAAUUUCCCCAAAACAAAAGCGCUGACUUCGAUCACAAUUUCAACCUGCCGACGGUCUACCUCCCCUUCUCCCUCAACUUCUCCUGCCCCCCCGAGGACCCCCAGCACAGAGCCACUGCAUUUGAACCAGCUAACAACAGAAGAUGACAACAAACUGGUCACAACAACACUGGAUAAAGAUGUGCAUAGUCAACCAGAAGAAAUAGAUGAAAUAGCCUUGGAAAGUCGAGUCCUAAAUGAAAAAGCCAAAACAGCAGUAAGACAAGAUACUGUAGGCGGACAUGAAUUUUCGCCUGUAUCUUCAAUAAGUGUAGAGCAGGAUAAAACAAAAGAAGACAAUUCGAAGUUGUUCAAAACAGCAGAAGUUAUUGAAUCAUCUAAGGUUGAACAAGUUACUGCAAAAUCUGGGCACAUCUCUCAAGUUCGCCUCCAACUAUCACCAAAACCAGUGGAUCCUAGUUCUUCAAUGUUUAAUGUUAGUUUACCCCCAAAGCACUUCAUCCCACUCAGACACUCCCCCUCCUCCCUCACCAGCCCAGACGAAGGGGUGGGCAUGUCCAGUCCCCCUGAAUGGCAGGAGGUUCCCAAAAGAGGAGAGAGAUAUGAACCCAAACGGGGGUUAAUGCAGCAGCCAAGAGUUACUUCUGCAAUUCAUGUAUCACCAAAGCCUUUAGCAGUGGACUCAGCAGUAGUGCCUCACCUUUUGCCUUAUAAACCCAGCGGAAGUGAAGAGCUCUUCUAUGUCCCUCAAACUGAAGCUGAUUCCUCCAAUGACACCACCAUGGAGAGCACCCACACAGGAUCAGAUGACGCUGUCCCUCCGCGCUUCAGCAGUGAUGUUUUGGGACAUCAGGACCCGGGUUUGGACCGUGGAGUGACCAUAAGACACACAGAGGGGAUCUACAGCAAGAGACGGACUAAAGCAGGCUUCACCAUGAGCGAGGAGGCAGGCAGAGAUGCACCAAUCCACGCGCCCCAAAUUCCUAAGCCCUCCUCCCCUCUCUUCACCCGAGUGCCUUCAUCUGACACAGAGCUCCCCACUGCCUUCAGAAGAGACCAAGGGACCAGUCCUGUCUCAUUCCUCACCUAUGAACCUCCUCUAGCCCCCAAAACACGAGAACCACUCAAACUUCAAACAAGACCUCAUCACCAUGACGACCUACCAUCCACAUCCAAGGAAAACAUCAGCGACUUGGACCAACUUUGGCAGAGAUUCAGUGAGCGGUGGAGAGGGGAAGAGGAGUCUCGUAAUUUAAAAGAGAAGGAGAUUUCACUGUUGGAAAGACUGGAACGCUUAUCUCGAAUUUUACAUAGCACUCGGGACAGCACCAUUUCAGAAAUGGAGAUGUCAAAUCAGGAAGUUCAACAGAAAUCUAGAAAAACAGGUGCUUUGAAAGAAUUAAAAAAGCAAAGACAUGCAGACAAGAGCCAUAUAAGUUUUCAAGAUAGAAGAAGUGAAAUUGGGUCAAGACAUAAGCACAAUUUGGACGAUUUGAAGCUUUCCAGUCCAACAGAACGUGAUGUUACAUUGGAUUCUGUGUCUUCCACAUCAAUGUCGACGGUUGAUACGGAGAGGCUGGUCCGAGCGUUUGGAGCAGAGAGAGUCCAGAGGAACCUUAGGAGCAGCUCUAGUCUGAAUAAACUGUACUCCGCCAUCAGCAAACAAAGGGAGCAAGAGGUCACGACCCCAUCAGAGACCAGCACUAAUGAGGAGUCCUCUGUGGUUGUUGAUUCAGCUUCAUCAACCUGCACUUACACUCUACCUCCACAUCGUGGUCCCUCCAAAUCUCUGGUCUCUAAGAAGGCCGUCAAGCUGGUCUCAAAAGGCAUUCAAGCAGGUGAUCUGGAGAUCGUCAGUAAUGGAACGCGGCGUCACACUCGAGAUGUUGGGACCACUUUUCCGUCUCCUAAUGACAUCAGGAGUCUGAUACAGAGCUCCUCCUCCUCCAGUCUGGACCGAGAGCACAAAGCCCCCCGCAGUACCCCAACCAAGACCCCAAAACACAAGAAGAGCCCCUCAAAACUAUAUCCACACGGUAUUUCCUGGUUCAUUUCCGCUGAUGAACUGAAAGCAGAGGCCCGUAAAGAAAAUGAGCCGGAGGAGUGGAGGCCAAGCACCGUGUGGUUUGAACCUUUGAGUCAAAAACCUGCGUGGAGAGAGCCGCUCCGACAGAGACCAGUGCAGGAGCAGAGGAACGUGCAGGAGACUGAGACUGAAGCAGACCCAGGGAGAAAGAAGCCCUCCUCCUCCUCUGUGUCCCGGGUCAAUCUGCAGGACGCGUUGCUUUCAGGACGUCCUGAUUUUGUGUCGCGGUCUCGUCAGAGGUUGGAGAGACUGGCUCUGCAGGUGGAGGAGAGGAGACUCCAGGCCCUCUUUAACCAGGAGAGAGAGCAGCUGUUUAUACAACCAGGGGGACCAGGGAGGCUGCCUAGACCUGCAGGCACUGCCCAGUUGAGGAGAGCUGUGCCCAGGAAGGAGAUGAUCCAAAGAUCUAAACAGAUAUAUGAGAACCUGCCUGAGGUGCGCAGGAAGAAGGAGGAGGAGCGAAGGAAAGCAGAGUACAGAUCAUAUCGACUCAAUGCUCAGCUUUACAACAAGAGAAUUACAAACCGAGUCCUGGGCAGAAGAGCAGCAUGGAACUAAUGUGAAUCUCAAAUUAAAAUCAUCUGAGACUUUCAAAACAAGCUACCUGAAUGAACUGUUUCAUGUAAUAUUUAUGUGGCCUGAUUUUAAAGAUUAUGGUUUUAAAAGAUUUUAGUGUUUUUACAUUUCUAACAAAGCUUUUGUAGUAAUUCAGUGCCUGAAUUUUAGAGAAAUUUUGUAUUAAAAGCAUUUUGUAUCAUGGA